UCUUAUAGCUAAACACAGUCGAGUCAGUCGAUGAGUUUGGUGGUUGAGAAGUACAUAUACGAUCGGAACGAUGAAAAUCCUGCGGCGAUCAUAUUAGCAAGCACCAUAAAAUGAUAUUAAAAAAGGCUGAAAUAGCAUCAGAAUCAAUAAGAUACGGAAUUCUAGCCGUUGGAUGUUGCGAGUGAAGUCGCUAUUGGCGCGGAUUUUUUUUCGUCUUACGCAAUUAAAACUGAGAUGUGUUGUUUUUUAUUUUCUAUAUUGAAAAGGAUAAGAAAAAUUUUAUGAGAUUAUAUACAUUUAAAUUUUUUACGAUUAAUGAUCGCGAAUGCAUAUGUUUUUGUGAAGGGACUCUUCUCGUCUGAGAUAAGAAAGAAGAAGCGUCGAGACUCAAGUUAAAACGUUGGUGACAAAGAAUUUUCUUCAACUGAAGUUACGAACGAGGAAGUGGAAGAUAUGAGUCCUUUUCGAUAUGGCAUGAUGACUUUAGAAGAUGCAUUGUUGAAAAUACAAGAAGUAGUAAAUUCCAAUGUAAAAAAAUGUGAAUUGAUAAAUAUAAAUCAUCUUCACGGUAGAAUAACGUUCAAUGUGAUAAAUUCCCAAUGCGAUUUGCCAGCAUUUAAAGUUUCCACUAAACAUGGAUACGCAGUAUUGGCAAGUGAUGGUGAAUGCGAAAGGAUAGUAUUGCACAGAACUACAUCCGCCCCAGUAUCUCUCACACCUGGGACAUGCACGUAUGUGAAGAGCGGAGAGCGUGUUCCUGAAGAAGCAACUGCUGUUGUGCCACUUAAAAAUGUAACAGGAAAUAAUUCUCAUUCAGUUCAGAUAAAUAUUAACCCGGAAUUCGGACAGAAUAUUAAAAACAUCGGUAGUGAUAUAUCGAAAGAGAAACAAAUUUUACCCCAAUUCACACGUAUUGGUCCAGCGGAAUUAGGAAUUUUGGCAGCUAUGGGUUGUAAAGCAGUUCCAGUCGUCAAACAUGUGUCCGUAGGUAUAUUUUCGAUUGGAGAGUUCUUAGUGGAACCUGGAGAGCCUUUAAAUCCGGGACAAGUUUACGACAGCGCCAGAAUAAGUCUAAUCGCGCUAUUAAAACAUAAUGAUUUUAAUUCGAUAAUGGAUUUCGGAAUAGUGAAAGACGAUACACAAUCUAUAAAGAUGAAAAUCGAAAACGUUUUAAAGCAAGUGGACGUACUUGUGACAAUAGGUUGUUCGAACGAUAAUGAUUUGUUGAAGCCCAUUUUAAGAAAUAAAUUUCGCGCUACUAUACAUUUUGGAAACGUAUUACUGAAACCGGGAAAGUCGACAAUAUUUGCAACAUAUAAGGUUAAUAAAAAACUGAAGAAAUAUAUUGUAUGUCUACCGAAAAAUCCGAUGUCCGCACUCGUUUCCACACAUCUAUUUCUGUUACCCAUUUUGGAAGGGUUGAGCUGCAUCUACCGGAAUCCCUGCACAUUUCAAGUUCGCGUAGAGAAGAAGUAUUUUUUACAUCCACGUCCUAGAGCAGCAUGGGCGAUUUUAAAAUGGAAUGACAUGGACGUUUACGCGCAAGCUGUCAGCAGGGAAAAUCUCAUCGGUGAUCAGAUAUUUAGCUGUCAAGGCGCUAAUGCGCUCUUACUGUUCCCGCAGCAAACAAAGGAUCAAAAAGAAUCGUAUACGUUAUAUGCAACUGCAUAUCUUAUCAAUAAUUAAACGUGAAUAACAGAUGAUUCUAAUUGGCUCUCAUUAGCAUUUUAUGACGAAACAAUUGUGUACAUAACUAUAUAUAUUCGAUUACAUAUACCAUAUACAUAUAU